CUGCCCAGUAGCAUAGUGUAAGCCAAGCGCCGGUGGUAAGUCAGGCUCAGCGGCGGUUACGGGUGGCACCCGACGCAAUUCAGCGCCCCAUCCACGAGCCAUUGCGGUAAUUGCGAUCCGGCGUUUAAAACCCCCGCGAGACACAGUCCACGGCGUCUCCUUGCCCACUCGCGCGCAACCGCAACUCGCAUCUCUGUCCUCAACCACCGCAGUCCAGUCACCACCGCGAUGCCAAGGAGACGCCGUGCCGGCGAUCGGGACCUGGCGAUGGACCGCCGGCCGGAGCUGCGAAGGGCCAUGACGCUCAAGGAGCAGCUCACCACGCCGGCUGAGCCGGCCAUCCGCGACCUCCUCAGGAUUCCGCACGACGACGAAGAAGACAGGCCGUGCACGCUCAUGGACGCCAUCGACCGGGACGUUCGAGGCGAGCGCGGCGCCGGCGGUGCGAUCAACUGGAAUCCGCUGCGCCACCGGCUCUGGCUCCGCCGCGCCGCGGGCGCGUGGCACGCACCGGGGUGCACGGCCAAGCCUCCUGCCGCGGCGAACGGCGCCUCCCCGAGAAACAGCAAUAAGUACAACUACUCCAGAGGCGAGGCAUCGGCAGCCUUCUCCCGCGCGCCGUCGCUCCGCGACGCGGUCGGCAGCGAGGGAGAAGAAGAGGAAGACAGCUAUAUGCCGCCGCCGGCGGCGGCGUCGUCAUCGACGUCCCUCCUGACGCUGCUGGAGCAGGCCGACGGACACUGGGACGAGUCGGGCGAGCACGGCGGCGCGUCCCGGUGCGGGGCGGUCGACGACAACGAGGAGGACGGCCACGGCGAGCGGCACGAAGAGGAGGAGGAGGUGCAGGUGUGCUGCGUGUGCAUGGUGCGGCACAAGGGAGCGGCCUUCAUCCCGUGCGGCCACACCUUCUGCCGCCUCUGCUCCCGCGAGCUCCGGCACACCCGCGGCAACUGCCCGCUCUGCAACGUCUUCAUCCAGGACAUCCUCCACAUCUUCUGAACUACUCUAGAUCCUCUGCCAUGUAUUGCUGCAUGUCGCCGAUGGUUCAUGCUUCAGACUUCAGACCAUGGAGCAUGUAAUUCGUUCGGAAUAAUGAAUGUAAAUUUUGAUGAACAGAGUUCAGACCUGUGACUGGGUGACUGAUUGACAUA